CUGUAAACGUUGAACAGCAAUGGCGGACACGUUAAUGAAGGCGAGUGGAGACGGCUCUUCACCUGGUCCUCUUCGUGAAUCCGGGGAAAUGUCUAGCUCCACGGACUGCCUGCGUUUGUUACUGAAGCUCCUCGCAGACUUCGGGAACGAGCUCAAAUUAGGUGAUGGUGCUUUGAGAAUAGAAGUCAACACUGGUGCAGUGAAUCCUCCGUCUUCAGCUGCUAAUGUGUACAGAUGUUUGCAGGAACAUAUCAAUAAAUUACAGGCCGUUUCAGAAAGCUUGAAGACACUCGUGGAUGCUGAUAGUCGACAGUCAUCUACAAGAUACAACACUUCAGACGAUGCGGCCACCUCAUCUGCGCUCAAAGAGCAGACGGCGCCUCUGUCGGAUCACCAUCCUGCCUGUUUAGAGGCUACAGAAAGCCAGGCGUCGGCUGAUGACGUCAUGGUUCAGAUCAGAGCCGGGAAGUCAGAGAUUGAGCGAAGAAUAUCUGCAUUUAUGGAACGCAAGCAGAUGGAGAUCAAUGAAAACAAUGUGCGCGAGUUUUGCAACGUGAUCGACUGCAAUCAGGAAAACAGCUGUGCCAGAACGGAUGCAGUGUUCACUCCAUAUCCAGGUUUUAAAAGUCACGUGAAAGUUACACGGGUGGUGAACACUUACGGGCCCCAGACUCGUGGUGGGGGAGGCCAAGGAGAGGCUGGGGAGCAACACAGGGGACCGUCGACCAGACACUGCGGAAAUGCAGCAAUAGAGGAACGACUUCACAACAUCGAGACUCACCUGAAACUCCCAACAGCGGGUCCAGUCCCACUGAGUGUGUACCAGAGGCUGAAGAAGCUGGAGGAUCGUAUCCUGGAGUUGGAAGGGCUUUCACCCGAGUACUUUGAGUCCACAUCCUUGGAGCAAAGUAAGAAGAGUGAACAACGUAGCACGAGUCACCUGCACAAGCGACCAAAACCAUCUCCCGCUCAGGACUGCAGUCUGACGGAGCUGGAUGAGAAGAUCAAUGCGGUGAAAGCAGCGCUGCUGAAAAGGGUGAAUGGAUUUGGUCCUGGAUAUGGAACAGAUUCUCAACUAUAAUUAACACAAAUCAAUGCUCCAAACACACGACAUUUGGUAAUAUGUUCCCUGUAUUUCUUUUGUACUAUGAGACCCAUCAAAAAACUUUAUCUUGUGGCCCGUACACACACGCAGAGUACAUUUUGUAGUUAAAUGAAUUGUAAAUAAAGGUGUUUUUUCAUUCCUCAACGUAAACACA